CGCGCGUAUAUCCAUCUACAUGCUGAACUGUCAUAGGUACUUUCAAUGACGUAGGACUGCCAUAUUUUUUUCUAUAUGGGGCCUGCCAGGGGGUCAGCCAAAUUGUUGGGGGUUUGGAGGUGGCCAUGCAAGAUGUUUUGUGAUAAUCGAAUGGUGCGCAUAAUAAACAAUUAAACUAAUAUAAUAAAGGGGCGCGUCGUUUCGGCAGAUAUGCUCGAAUCGUUCGAGCAAAUGGUCCGGAUCGGCAAGGAAAGAGCCUUUCACACAAAACAUCCUUCUCACAUGCGAUAGGAAUUUUACGUGACAAAUUUGAUUCGGGAACGAGUGUGUGGUGCCGCGUCGAGGUUAUACCAGAAAUUGGGACAAUGGGGCUUUAAGAUUCGUCUACGUUCUAUCGUUUAACUAUUAACAUUAAACAAGUACUGUACAGUUUCGCUAUGCAAUACAAAUCCGUUUUGCGAUACGAGUUGUCUUGGUGAUUUUGUUGAAUACGGUGAUCGCCGAAUGCGGUGCCCUACCCCGUCGCACUAUUUUUGUCUGUACGUUUUAUUUACACGUAUUUCUCUUGUUGCGUGUUUUCUUCGCCAAAUAUUUUGGCUAUCUUUGUAGCAGUUACGUAAUUUCCGACGUGAGUAAUUCCGGCACCAUGGCCGAUGAUGAAUUAAAUGAAACUCGAUUGUUUUACACGUAGUGGCGUGCGGACAUAUAUACUACAUAAAGUUAAAGGGAAUUGAUUUUUGACAUUCUUUGUACAAGGAUAAAAAAGAGUCGGAAGCUUGUUGGUAAUUCGCUGGUAACAUGAACGGGAAACUACUGCCGCACUGUUGUAAACAAAAUUAAUGUUUAAACAGUGAAAGUGAUCCUAGUUAGAUAUGUCUAUUGGAAAUUAUCUUCUUAAGGAUUCUCAUCACACCAUAAUGUGGUGGUUUAUGAUACUACUGAAUAAUAUUGUUAAGAAUGACAGAAGUAGUAUCCAAAGAUUUUGGUAAGGAGCAUCCUUAUCGAAAAAGAGACAUGUCAGAUUCGUCGCAACACCAAUAUAAUCAACCUCCUCCUGAUAUUAUGCCAAAGGGGCUUGCGAUCAAUGGCAUUGGAGGAAGGUUACGCCAAUUGGAAGCCCUUUUUAUUGGUGGUCCUGUACAAGGAGAAGGAAGAGUUGGCCACACAUUUUCUAUCGAGACACUUAUUGAUAUUUUACUUGUCUUAUACGACGAGUGUUGUAAUUCUUCCUUACGACGCGAAAAGACUGUCUCAGAUUUUAUUGAAUUUGUGAAACCAGUGGCUACUUGCAUAAAGAGUUUGCAAUUAGCACGCGAGGAUUUUGAGAUAGUAAAAGUUAUUGGUAGAGGUGCAUUUGGGGAAGUAUGUGUUGUAAGAAUGCGUGGUUCAGACAAAGUAUUUGCAAUGAAAAUUUUGAACAAAUGGGAAAUGCUAAAGCGUGCAGAAACUGCAUGCUUUAGGGAGGAGCGAGAUGUACUAGUGUAUGGUGAUCGAAGAUGGAUCACAAAUCUUCAUUAUGCCUUUCAAGAUGACAAUAAUUUGUAUUUGGUCAUGGAUUAUUACUGUGGUGGAGAUCUGUUAACACUGUUGAGCAAAUUCGAGGACCGCCUUCCAGAAGAUAUGGCACGUUUUUACAUUGCUGAAAUGGUUCUAGCUAUUGGGUCCAUACAUGACUUACGUUAUGUGCAUCGUGAUAUUAAACCCGAUAAUGUUCUGUUAGAUGCAAAUGGUCAUAUUAGAUUAGCUGAUUUUGGAUCUUGUUUACGAUUGUUUGAAGAUGGUACCGUACAAAGUAAUGUUGCUGUUGGUACACCGGACUAUAUCUCACCAGAAAUAUUAAGGGCAAUGGAAGAUGGACAAGGACAAUAUGGACCCGAAUGUGAUUGGUGGUCAUUAGGGGUAUGCAUGUACGAAAUGCUUUAUGGUGAGACACCUUUUUAUGCAGAAUCUCUAGUCGAAACCUAUGGGAAAAUUAUGAAUCAUAAGAAUUGCUUUGACUUUCCAACCGAUGAUAUGUAUGAAGUUUCUGAAGAAGCUAAGGAUUUAAUGAAAAAAUUAAUAUGUAGCUCGGAAUUUAGAUUAGGUCAAAAUGGAAUUGACGAUUUUAAGAAACACCCAUGGUUUGAUGGAGUAAACUGGGAUACUCUUAGAGACAGCACUGCACCUUACAUUCCUGAAGUUUCCUCGCCAACCGAUACAUCAAAUUUUGAUGUUGAUGAUACAGAUGUUCGCAGUUCCGAUGCUGUUCCACCAGCAGCGAAUUCUGCGUUUUCUGCGCUUCACUUACCAUUUGUUGGUUUCAGUUUUACCCAAGGAAGUUGCAUAUCAGAUCUGGGUUGUUUGCCUGUUAUAACUCAAAAGGAUAAACGCGUGCAGUUGCUUGAGGAAGAAAAUGCGCAAUUAACGCAAACACUUGAGGAGUUAAAGAAGCAAAUUAAUACGAGUCAUUCUCCACCUGGAAUAUCACCAGAUUCUAAUAAUGCAACAAGAAAACUUCAGGAUGAAAUAAAUACACUUACCAAACGCAAUUGUGAGUUAGAGUCUCAAUUAAAGUCUAUGGAAGUUCCACAUGAAUUACGCAAUCUAGACAACGGCGAUAUAACAAAACUACGAGAAUUAGAAAAGUUAGUGCGUUCUCUUCGAUCGGAGAAGGAAGAAGCUGUGAAGGAUAAGUUGGAUGCACAAGAGAAGCUUAAAUAUCAAGAUAAAGAACUGAAAGACGCAUUAACACAACGUAAAUUGGCAAUGGCUGAAUACACUGAAGUCACAGACAAGUUAUCAGAGUUAAGACAACAAAAGCAAAAGUUGUCUAGACAAGUUAGAGAUAAAGAGGAAGAAUUGGAAGUUGUAAUGCAAAAGGUUGAUAGUUUGCGGCAUGAUAUUCGGAAAGCCGAGAAAUUACGUAGAGAGCUAGAAAAUCGAGUUGAAGAGGCAAUGGCAGAAACGAGUAAAGAGAGAAAGUUACGAGAGCGUAGCGAAGAAUAUUGUAAACAGAUGCAAGAGGAGACUGAAAAAAUUAGACAAAGAUCUAUGGGAAAUGAUGUAAGCGCGAAUCAUGCAUUGGCAACGCAGGAAAUUAAUAGGUUAAAAGCCGAAGUAGAGAAACUUGAGGUUCAGUACAAUGAAAACUUGAACCAACAACAAAGUAGGUUUAAUCUCGACAUACGUAGUCUUCAAGAACAACUACACGAGACCGAAACAAGAAGAGAUUUAUUGGAAAGGGAAAUACAAUUAACGAAAGAAAAACUAGAUGCUGCAAGGUUGGAGAAUAUUACCGAUAGCGAAGAGACCAUAAAUGAUUUGAGCAGACGCCACGAAAGAGAAAAAACUAUGCUAGUCGAAGAGAACAAAAAACUUAUGUUAGAACUUAACACUCUUACCGAUAGUGUUAAUAGAAUACAAGGUGAAAGGCGACAGUUGGAAGAAGAAUACGAAGAAUUAAGGAAUAAGAAAGAAGCGAUUGCACAAUGGGAAGCCCAGAUUACUGAAAUUAUUCAGUGGGUGUCCGAUGAAAAAGAUGCAAGAGGAUAUUUGCAGGCGUUAGCAACAAAAAUGACAGAAGAGCUAGAAUUUUUGAAACACUCUGGUGGUGUCGGUAGUGUCGGAAGUGGUUCUACAAUGGCAGACAAAAACUGGCGAAAUCGUAGAUCACAAAAGCUUGAUAAAAUGGAGCUUUUAAAUUUACAAAGUUCUUUGCAAAGUGAAAUACAAGCCAAACAGGCGAUAUCUGAAGAGCUUACGAAGACUCGUUCAGAUUUAAUUGCUGCUCAAAAGGAAUUAAGAGACUUCAGACAACGAUUUGAUACACUCACGCACGAGAUAAAACGCAAAGAAAUGCAAAUAAAAGAGUUACAAGCAAGGCUUGACACAGGCGACGGCUCUGUCCUAUCCAGCAAAACGUCAAGCAAAUCUCCAAACAUCGUUUGCACCAAACCCCAACGCAUCAUCGUUCAUCAGCCGUCGUCGCCCCUACCAGUAAUGCGUGCUCCCCGCGUCACGACAUGUCGCUUAUUAACUAGAUUCGUUCCCGUCAACACAUUCAUCAGUCAGAAUGCCGUCGCCAUCGUAUCGCCACCUGUUUUAGAACGUCCUACAUCUCAAAUGUCAUAUCUGGAACAUUUUUUGAAAGAAACAGCAAGCAGUACGCGUCAUGGAAGUGCAGAUAGCGUAGAAGCUGAUAUCGAGGAUAAUCGUGCGCCAAGUAUUUCCAGCAGUAAAAGUAAUUUGUCUGAACUUAGCAUUGAUCCAACAUCGCCGUUGUCCCAUGAACUUCUAAAUAAAUCAUCAACAGCUCAUGGACAACUCAGUCUUCAACCAAAACCCAAAUCUCAUCAAUUCUUAGUACGAACAUUUUCUGCGCCAACAAAGUGUAACCACUGUACUUCGUUGAUGGUGGGUUUAACGAGACAAGGAGUAGUGUGCGAAGUUUGUGGCUUUGCAUGUCAUAUGCCCUGUUGCGACAAGGUUCCACCAAUGUGCCCUGUACCCCACGAUCAAACAAAACGACCUCUAGGUAUUGAUCCUACGCGGGGUAUUGGUACAGCUUACGAAGGGUAUGUAAAAGUGCCAAAAAUGGGUGGAGUGAAGAAAGGUUGGGUUCGUCAAUUUGUGGUCGUUUGCGACUUUAAGUUAUUUCUUUACGACAUUUCGCCAGAUCGUAAUGCAUUACCAUCUGUAUAUGUAUCUCAAGUCCUAGACAUGCGGGACGAAGAAUUUAGUGUUAGUUCUGUUCGAGAUUCGGAUGUCAUACAUGCUACAAAGAAAGACAUUCCGUGCAUAUUUAGGAUAACAACAUCUCUGCUAGAACCGCCUGGAUUGAGGAAUCAUACGUUAAUGCUUGCAGACACUGAUAGUGAGAAAACAAAAUGGGUAGUCGCUUUGGGUGAACUGCAUAGAAUACUAAAGAAAAACAAUCUUCCUAAUACAACGAUUUUUAGAGCAAAAGAAUUAUUAGAUAAUACAUUGGCGCUCAUUAAAAAUGUGAUGUCAGGAGCAAUUAUUGAUCCAGAUCGUCUAGUCAUUGGCACAGAAGAAGGUCUCUUCUGUUUAGAUUUAGAUCGUAGUGAAAUUGCAAGAGUUGGGGAAGGCAAGAAAAUAUACUUAUUGGAAUAUGUAACGGAAGAACAAUUAAUUGUAGUUUUAAGUGGAAAACAACGUCAUGUACGGCUGGUUCCAGUACGUGCAUUAGAUGGAGAUGAAGUUGAAUGGAUUAAAGUUGCAGAGACUAAAGGAUGCAUUACUCUAACAACGGGUAUAGUACGUCGUAAUCCAUUAACAUAUUGUUUGUGUGUCGCCAUAAAGAAACAGAAUGCAUCACAGGUGAUUGUCUACGAAAUAACACGUACGAAAACACGUCAUAAACGUAUACGUGAAUUAAUGUUACCAUGUCACGCACAAACUUUACAAGUUCUCUCCGAAGGUCGUUUUUGUGUCGGAUAUCCUUCCGGUUUUUCUAUCUACAGCAUUUUAGGAGACCAUCACCCUAUUUCAUUGGUCCAUUCUGAGAAUACGCUCUUAGGUUUUCUCACAUACAGUGCUGUGGAUGCUUUACGUUGCAUCGAAUUACCACACGGUGAAUUCUUAUUAGUCUUCCAUACAUUGGCAGUAUAUGUUGAUAGCCAAGGCAGAAAGAUUAGAGAUCGCGAAAUUAUGUAUCCUGCUGUUCCUACAGCAGUUAGCUAUUGCGAAGGUUAUUUACUAGUUUAUAGCGAGACCCACAUCGAUGUAUUUGACUGUACAACAGGAGAUUGGUUGCAAACACUUAACGUAAAACGAGCACGACCAUUGAAUACUUCAGGUUCUCUAACAUCUUGCGUCAUUAACGAUAUGCCUCAUGUUAUUUUUCUGAGCAAUUUACAUCAACGAGAAUUACUCAAUUUAACACCACUAGACGCAAGCGGUAGACAAAUGACAAGACCACGACGAAGAUUUUCAUUAAGAGAGGGGAAUAGGGCUGUUCGUCCUACAGACAGACGUUCCAAAAUGAUAUCUGCCCCGACGAAUUUCAACCAUGUCAGUCAUUUGGGUCCAGGUAAUGGAAUACAGAUACAGCGAUUGUUAGAUUUGCCUACUACGCUUGAGACAGCUGAUCAGCAGCAUAGUGGUCAUCACAGUAGCUCUCAUCUUCACAGCAGUCAACAAAGAUUGUAUGGGCCUGCUCUUCAAACACCAAGCAAACCAGCGCCAUUACCUCCAAGGCACCCUCCUUCUGACACGCGACGACUAAGUUCUCAUAUACCUAGAAAUUCUGGAUAUUCGCCGCAUAACGGUUCAACAUCGUCACGUAGAGGACCGGCACCUCCAAGACCAACUGCUACUCCACCUUCGUUACCGCGUACUCCUGUGGACCAAGUUGAUUCCGAAUCCGUGCAUCUACGAUCCCAUACUCCGCUUUCUCUCGGCAGUACCGCAUCUUUACACGAUAAGGAACACACCUCUGGUGGAAGUCCUAGACAUUCAAUAGCUUCAAACAACAGUUCAAAUCCAUCGACGCCUCCAAGUCCAGCCCACGAUCAUGGUUCAUCUUCGUAUGACUCGUAAAAAAUUUAACACUUUUAUUGGUACGGAU